AUGAAACGCUUGAUAACAGAGAUAGCUUCCUUGAAGACUGGAUUGCCGCCAGGGAUAUUUGUCAGGUACGCUGCAUCCAGGAUCGAUUGCUUAAAAUUCUUGAUCGUGGGACCUGUUGAUACGCCUUAUGAGAACGGACUGUUCGAGUUCGACUUGUUUUGUCCGGCAAAUUAUCCCCAUGCUCCACCCCAAUGUCUCUUCAAAGGAACAAAAGGAGGCGAAUAUGGCAUCAAUCCAAACAUUUAUCCCAACGGAAAGGUAUGUCUCUCCCUCCUUAACACAUUUCCCGGCGAGCCAUGGAGGCCCGCAGUCUCGACCAUCCUCCAGGUCUUGGUAUCCAUUCAGGCGAUGAUUCUUUGCGAAGAUCCGCUUAGCAAUGAG